AUGGAUCCCGAAGUGAAAGCGGUGGUUGUCACGGGCGCGCACGGAGCCGAUAUCAGCGAGUUCGCGACUGGAAUGGCGGGACCGCCACUGCCCAUGGUGAUUGAUGCCCUCGAAGCCAGCAACAAGCCGGUGGUGGCGGCCAUCGAUGGCGUCGCGCUGGGAGGAGGUUGCGAGGUUGCGCUGGGCUGCCAUUGGCGACUGGCGAGUGUGCGCUCCCAGGUUGGCCUCCCUGAGGUCAACCUGGGCAUCCUUCCGGGCGCUGGGGGCACCCAGCGCCUUCCGCGGCUGAUUGGGGCGGACCCCAGUGUGGAUUUCAUGUGCCGAGGGGCACCUGUGAAAGCCGCGCAAGCCGCCAAGGUAGGCAUCUUCGACGAGGUGGUCGAGGGCGACAAUGCGGCGGUCGUUCAGGCCGCGGUGGACUUCGCGUCACGCCAGCUCAACGUGGACCUGGCGACUCGUAGGCUCUGCAAUGGCAGGGCCAAGACCACGAAUCCUGAAGCGCUGGCCGCCAAGCGGAAGGAGUACAUGAAGCUGAGGGCCGGCGAGGCAGCGCCGCAAGCCAUCAUCACCUGCAUCGAGGCCGCCGCGAGCCAGGACUUCCGGGAUGGCAUGAACGUGGAGGGCAUGGAGUUUGGCAAACUCUUCAGGGGGUCUCAGUCAAAGGCCAUGCAGUACAUGUUCUUCGCAGAGCGACAGUGCUUCAAGAUACCAGGCUUGGAGUCCAAGCCCAAGCCGCUGAACAGCGCCGGCAUCGUGGGUGCUGGGCUGAUGGGCGGAGGUAUCGCCAUGUGCUGCGCUGAGGCCGGGAUGAAGGUGGUGCUUUUGGAUGUGGAUCAGAAGAACCUGGAGAGGGGCAUGAAAGUCAUCAAGCAGAACUAUGCCAGAAGCGUGGAGAGGAAGUCGAAGUCUCAGGAGCAGGUGGACAAGCUGCUUUCAAACAUCACGGCCGCGACCUCCUAUGAUGCCCUCUCUCAGUGUGACAUCGUGGUGGAGGCAGUGUUCGAGAACAUGGAUCUGAAGAAGAAAAUCUUUGCAACACUGGACCAGGUGUGCAAGCCAGGCAGCAUCCUGGCCUCCAACACGAGCUACCUCAACAUCGACGAGAUUGCGGGGGCGACCAAGCGCCCCCAGGAUGUCAUCGGCUGUCACUUCUUCUCCCCAGCCAACGUCAUGCGAUUGCUGGAGAACGUGCGAGGUCCUCGCACGUCCCCCGACACCAUUGCCACGGCCAUGGCCUUCGGCUCGAAGCUGAAGAAGGUCACCUGCUUGGUCGGCAACUGCAGCGGCUUCAUCGCGAAUCGAGUCAUGGGCGUCUCCGGGUUUCCUUACCUGCUGCACAAAGGCUUGCUGCCCCACGAAAUUGACGACGCCGCCGAGGCGUACGGCAUGCGCAUGGGCCCAUCUCGGAUGAACGACCUGGUGGGGAUCGACCUCUUUGGCCGCGAGCGCGCCAAGGCGGGACUUGCCCAGCCGGACAAGAAUGUCUUCGACGCAAUGUACAAAGCUGAGCGUUUCGGGCAGAAGAAUGGCAAGGGGUUCUACAAGUACGAUGAGAAGCGACGAAGUAGCCGAGAUCCCGACGCCGAAGCCAUCAUCCAGCAGGUCUGGAAGAACAUUGGCGUGCAGCAGACGUCGAUGGACAAGGAAGAUGUCAUCGACAUGCUCUACUUGCCCGUCGUCAAUGAAGGCCGCGACGAGGAGAAGUGUAGUGUAGGUUUCAAAUGCCUGGAAGAGGGCAUGGCCAUCAGACCAAGCGACAUUGAUGUCUGCUGCGUCUUCGGCCCGAUGGCUACAACUGGCCAAGAUAUCGCGGUGGGCCAAUGCAGUGGGCGUGCCGAGCUUACCAUCGGGGCCAAGAACGGCCGCUGCAUGGAAUGCCAAGUGGUCGACCGCGAGCUGCCGGACGAGCUUGCGGGCUCCCGUGUACAGAGCCGGUUGGCUGUUGCUGAAGGGCGGCAGCGGAGCAUUGAGCUUCAGGAGGCGUACGAUGCUGACGUGCAAGAGGCUUUGCAGCUGUCAGAGCACCAUGCGAACCUGGUGAAGGAACUGGACCGACUGCAGGCCGACUUGGCAGCCGAGCGCCACCACACCGCAGAGGUCGAGGAAAACCUUCGAUCGGUGCGGUCGCACAAGGCCCAAGUCCACGAGUCGGCGAGACAGGCCGCCGUGCACUUGACAACGCUGCGGCGGCGCGCGGCAGAAAAGGAGCGCCACGAGGAUCUGCAGUGGAUCUAUAGCGAGGACUGCGCUUUGCCAUCAUCGCGGCUCCCCGAGGCCUCCGACGAACUGCGCAGGGCCUUUCGGACAGAGCUCGAGGAGGCCUUUUCCGGCGCCUAG